AUGAGGAUGGAGGUUUUGUCCGGGACGAAGGCUGUCGGGGUCGUUAUGUUGAUGCUGAGUCUUCACCAGACGUGCUUUUCUUCUGCUCAGGAGUGCCCGUCCACUCAGGACCUGCUGAGCUCGCUGCGGCAGGUGGAGAAGAUGCUGGCGGUCCACGAGGCGUCGUACCAGCAGGGCCUCCGCGCCAUCAGGAAAAAGAUUAGCGCUCUGCACAACAGCACCGUGGCCAUCUUUAAGACCGCCAAGAACGCGUCCUGCCCCAAACCAGAGCUCCCCGCUCACGGCCGCAGACUGGGCAGGGUGUUUGGCGUCGGACACGAGGUCCACUUCCUGUGCAAACCCGGCCACGAGCUGAUCGGUCCACAGACCCGAGUGUGUCUAGAGUCUCUGAAGUGGAGCGGCCAGCAGCCGAUGUGCAGACGCUUCAACAGCACCGGUAACUCCCUGGCCUCCUUCUCUCCUGCUGCCUCCUCCUCGUCCGUCCAAGUCUCCGCUGCUCUGUCGGCGUCCUCCUCCUCGUCUCCCUCCUCGGCAUCUUCAUCCUCUACCCUCUCCCCCUCCUCACCCACGUCUUCCUCCCCCCUGUCCUCCGUCCGACCGUCUCAAUGCACUCACUUCCUGGGCUCCACCCGCUGCACCUGCGACGUCGGUUUCACCAUAUCAGGCCGCAACAACAACAUCUGCACAGAUAUCGACGAGUGUCAUCUGUUUCCUAUCGGUCAGCCCGGCCGGCUCUGCGUCCAUCAGUGUGUAAACACUCCCGGCAGCUUCCACUGCUUCUGUCCAGACGGGUACGACCUCGCCAGAGACGGCCGCAGCUGCUCAGACGUCGACGAGUGUGAAAACCGGAUGCACAACUGCACGGCACACCAGGUGUGCGUGAACACCUACGGAGGUUUCCAGUGUGUGACGGUGGAGUGUCCUCACGUGAAAAACGCCACGUACAUCAAGACGUCGCCGAUGCGCUGUGAGAGGAACCCGUGCAUGCUGGGGGACAAGGCCUGCACUCAGGCGCCAAACUCAAUCUCCUUCCACUUCCUGUCCGUGGUGUCCAACAUGUCCGCCCCCCGCGUCCUCUUCCGGGUGUCGGCGGCUCGCGUGCUCGGCGACACGCUGCGCUUCGGCCUGGCGGGCGGACGUGGACGGGGCCACUUCAGCGUGCAGCGCUCGGGCCGACAGACCGGCACGCUCCUCCUGGUGUCACCCAUCAAGGGUCCUGCCACUCUGGAGGCCGAGGUGGAGAUGAGCGAGCUGGAGCGCAACGCCCUGCUGGGCCGCUACCUCACCAAGGUCACCCUGUUCGUCUCUCCAUACGAGUUUUAA